AUGAUAGUUAAAAUAGGAUAUGUAAUAAAAAGAAUAUGUGAUAAUAUAAAAAUAGUAUGUAUUUCUUAUUAUAAAUAUUCUUAUAUAUAUAAAAAAUUAUUAUUAUGUAAUAAAUAUAUAAAAGUUUAUGAUAAAAGAAAUGAAAUUGUAAUAAAUGAUUAUGUAUUAAUUAAAUAUUAUAAAAAGAGUAAAUUUUGUAAUAAUAAGAUAAUAAAAAUUUUAUGA